GUUUCUUUUCAAGUACGUGACCACGAUUACGUGCCUUUUCCAAGGAAUGCAUUAUAUAUUUUUUUUAAAGAAAAGAAAACCACGUGGAAGAAACAAUCAAAAGAAAAAAAAAUCUCAAGUACAGGUGGACGGACUUCUUCGAUUUUUGUUAUCACUUAUGUAAGUAGUUGCAUAACUGUUUCUUUUCGAGAGCAAGGGAAGCCCGCUAAACGCGCAGGGCGUCAUUGACAAUUCUAAUUUAUUCAGCACAACGAGAGCCAAAAAUUCAACGCUGUUUAUCCUGCAUGCUUAUCCAGCUUCCUUGAUUAUUUAUUAUUAUCAAAGUAGGUCACUCUCUCGAUCUGAGGACCAGGGGAUAUCCCAGAAUUCCUAUUAUUGAUGGACGGAAGUGAGAAAGCAAGGGGAUUCCCUCUAGUCGAUUCUCAAUGGGGUGAAUGGAUAUCGAGCUUUCUUCGAAGCUGUAAACUUAGAUUUUCACUUGAUACCUGGUUUGAUUUAUCUAAUCUAUUUGAAGAAAAUGAGGUGUGAAAGCAAAGAAUAUCACUGAAGAAUUUUCAGUGUCUUAUGCUCUCCCCAAGGCAGCCUUUGAAAUAAUCCAGAGAAUGGAAAAGGUUGCAGAUCUGGUGGAGUCCAGCAGUGAGGCAGACAAAAUGUCAGCUGCUCUUUCAGAUCUUCCCGAAUCACUGGAGUCCUUUCUGGACGAACAGAAAGAAAAACCCAGUGAUCUGGGCAUGAUUGACAAUGACAUUCUGGCAUUGGCAAAUCAAGUUGGAGAUGAAAUGGAUGAAAAUGCUAUUGAAGGAACUGGUUUCACUGCAGAUUUGUCAUUUUUGGAAGGUGCAGAGACUAAGGAUGCGUCUGGUGAAGAACAUGGACUAUCUUUUUUGGUGGAGGGGGAUAAAAUGGAGGUGGCAAAUGAAGACUUGGCGUUUUUAGAAGAGCAAGAUAUGUCUGAAGGUUCAGAAUAUGAUGAUGAUUCUGAGCUGAAUGAAGAUGACUCUGAUGAUGACGAGGGUGGGGAUGAUGAAAGUGAUGACGAUGAAAAUGAAGGGAGCAAUGACAGAAGUGACAAAGGGGAGGAUGUGGAGGAGGGUGUGUUUGGACAGGUGUCUUUCUAUGAUGAAGAACCAGAUUCAAAUCUGUCUGUGGAGGGAAGUAAGAAUGGUGAGAAGGUGAAGGGACUGAAGAAGAAGAAGAAAAAGCUGAAAGCAAAGGAAAAAAGUGGUGGUUCUGAGGGUGUACAGAAACCAGUGAAAAGAAAACGCAAGAGAAAGCGAAAGAAGGGCAGCGCUGACGAGGAUGAUGAGGAGGAACCGGAUGACAAAAUGCCCAAAGGAGGGCCUACCCAAAUGCGACGUAGGAAUAUUAGGUCUAUCUUAAGUGAGAAAGACUUGGACAAGGAAAUGCUCUCUGCUCAGAAUGAGGAACUGGAGAGGCAGAAGCGUUUGAUGGAGCUGAAGAAAUCGCUGCUCAGGGAAAAUGCUGCUGCUGGUGCAGCAGCAGCAGCGAAAUCAUCCACAGCAGCAGGAACAGCAGUCUCCACGGACACAGCAGCUACGAGUACCACUACAACCACCACGAAAAUGACAUCUGCUUCUACUGGCACAAGCACUGUCAAAGAAAAAGACUCUCAGCUUAAAUCUUUACUUCAAGUGGCGGAGGAAGAAGCUGAGAAAGAGGCAGAGAGUAAAGACAGGAAACUUCUGGACAAAGAAGUUGUGAAGGCAAAAAAGGAAACAAGAGAAACCUCUCCACCCUCAGAUGUGAUCACCCUUAGCAGUGACACGGAUGAUUCCGAUGACCUUGACGAUGACGAUUCAGAUGAAGUGGUGAUGGUACCCAGUGAUGAGGAGGACGACGAUGAAGCUGAGGAUGUGAACAACGGUGGGGCUCACAUUGAUGAUACUCUGAACAUGCCGGACCCAGAUGGAAGAGUGAAAGUCAACCUGGGGCACCCAGCAGAUGAGCCAGACAUUUUUCUGGCCCCACAGAUUGCCCAGUCUAUCAAACCCCAUCAGAUUGGAGGUGUUCGCUUUUUAUAUGGCAAUCUUGUCGAGUCCAUGGAGCGAUUCCGCACAACGCCUGGCUUUGGCUGUAUUCUGGCUCAUAGCAUGGGAUUAGGAAAAACGAUUCAGCUCAUAUCAUUCAUUGACAUUUUCCUUCGCUGUGCGGGGGGCAAGCGUGUGCUAUGUAUUGUGCCAAUCAACACGUUGCAGAACUGGCUUGCAGAGUUCAACUACUGGCUGCCAGAAAAGGAGAAGCUUGACCCAGAUGAUGACCUCACACAGUUCCGGAUAUUUCCGUUGUACAUCAUCAACGACAGCAUGAAGACCACUGCUGCCAGGGCUGCUGUCAUUCAAAAAUGGAAAGACUUUGGUGGUGUGUUGGUCAUGGGCUACGAAAUGUUCCGUCUCCUGUCAUCAAAACGCACUGCUCCAUCAAAGGCGAAGAGUCGUGCCAAGAAACCUGCCCAACCUGAAGUGAUCGAUGUGGAAGAAGAAGAUAAAAACAAAAGCCUUAUGAUUGAUAUGCAUUCGACUCUGGUGGACCCUGGUCCAGACUUGGUCAUGUGUGAUGAGGGGCAUCGUAUCAAGAACAGCAGUGCAGCCAUCUCACAAGCUUUGAAAAAUAUCAAGACGAGGCGGCGUGUGGUACUCACAGGGUACCCCCUACAGAACAAUCUGAUGGAGUAUUGGUGCAUGGUAGAUUUCGUCCGUCCCAACUUCCUGGGUACCAAGACGGAGUUUAGCAACAUGUUUGAGCGGCCCAUCAUGAAUGGCCAGUGUAUGGACAGUACAGUCCAGGACAAGAAGGUCAUGCGACAUCGUUCAUAUGUACUACAUAACCUUUUGGAAGGUUUUGUCCAGAGACGUGGUCAUACUGUGCUUCAACUAAGUCUCCCACCCAAGAUGGAGCAUGUGUUCCUUGUGCGCUUGAGUCCUAUACAGAGGAAGAUCUACGUUGAGUUUAUGAAUGCCAUUUCAGAGUCUGGCCUGUGUUCCUGGGCCAACAACAACCCUCUCAAAGCUUUUGCCGUCUGCUGCAAGAUCUGGAAUCACCCAGAUAUCCUUCAUGAAGUCCUGACGCAGCACAUAGCUGACAAGGACAAUGAUUUGGACAUAGAAACCGGUGAAGGCGGCAGUGGCAGCAAAAAGAAAAGAGCUGCCCUUUCCAAGUCGGCCUCCUCAGCCUCUGUUGCUUCUGCAGACUCGGCGAUGUCCAUGGCUUCAGCUAGCAACACCCCAGCACCCUCCACACCUACUACCCUCACCCCUUCUGCGUCCACUACAUCACUCACUUCCAUGGCCUCAGAGAGCAGCAGUGACAAGAACCCAAUUACUUAUGACUGGGCUGAACCCCUAAUGAAGGACUACAUGGCUGGGGUGUUGGAGAACAGCGGCAAAUUCAUUUUGAUGAAUUCUCUACUGGAGGAAUGCCUAGCUGUAGGGGACAAAGUGCUCAUUUUUAGUCAAAGUUUGCUGACUCUGAACAAGAUUGAAGAAUUUUUAGGACAUAUGAAGGUUCCACGACCUGAGUUUUAUGAAAACUGGGCUAGGAAUAAAACUUAUUUUAGACUGGACGGCAGCACAUCGGCCCAGGACAGAGAGAAACUGAUCAACCAGUUCAAUGAUCCAGAGGGGAGAGCAUGGAUGUUUCUAUUGUCUACAAAGGCUGGUUGUCUUGGUAUCAACCUGGUGGCAGCCAAUCGGGUCAUUGUGGUGGAUGCUUCAUGGAAUCCCUGCCACGACUGCCAAGCCAUCUGUCGUGUGUAUCGCUUUGGACAAAUAAAGAAAACGUACGUGUAUCGGCUUAUCACAGACAACACGCUGGAGAAAAGAAUUUAUGACCGUCAGAUCAACAAACAGGGAAUGUCUGAUCGUAUUGUUGAUGACAUGAACCCAGAGAACAAACUGACCCGCAAACAAGUGGAGAAUUUGUUGGAUUUUGAGGAUCAAGACUUCCCGGUGCUUGACUUCUCAACGGCGGACGGCAAAUACAGCACUGACGACGUCUUAGUGCGUGUGCUGCAGAACAACGGCCAGUGGCUCACCAAGCAACCAUUUACACAUGAGUCUCUACUCAUCGACCGAAAAGAGCUACGACUUUCCAAGCGGGAAAAAAGAUUGGCCAAAGAAGGUUAUGCUCGUGACAAGCGGAUGAAUAUCACAUACACCCGGCCCUCGUAUGCUGCCUACUACCCUCAAAGUGGUGGUCUACCCAACCGUCUGCCUCUGAAUAGCAGGUACAAUUAUGCCGCAUUCCGCCGUGGCCCCAUCGUUAGGCCCAUCGCUAGUGUGAGGCCUAUCAUCUCAUCGCCAGCCCAGAAUGGUGGGGAUAAGAUCAAACAGUUUGGUGGUCAGCCACUCAGGCCAGGAGUGACCAUCCAUCAAGUCAUCACUACCACUGAGAUUGUGUUACCAGGGACAAAUACAGGGACGACUGCUGGUGCUCCAAAUAAAAUCACCGCAGGGCAGAAGAUCCUCGUGAUUCGCACACCGAAAGGUGUGUACAUCCGUACCAACGAUGGGAAAAUGUUUGCCGUGCGCUCCAAAACAGGAAUGGGCCUGACAGGAGAGACUGUCUCGGGAUCUUCUGCCACGACCAGCACAACUUCCACUGUUACAUUAUCAUCUACCUCCAGCAACCAAGUCUUCAUCACACCAAAUAUGAACAUGUCAACGGCGUCGGGGAAGAAGCCACCAAUCAUCAUCGUCAGCAACAAGAAAGGAAUUCCUUUGAGCAUGGCGCGAGGUGGGAGCAUUAUCCGCACACUGCCCUAUGGGAGUGCCAACCUUCUCAGUUCAUUGAAACCUUCUAUACUGAAAACAGGGUCAGCCAAAACCACAGACUCAACCACCACAACUUCUUCUACCUCCACCAAGUCCUCCACAGAUGCAUCCUCUUCGUCAUCCUCGGGCUCGAAAACUUCAUUUCUUGCUGACCUCAUCAGAGAUGAUGACGACAAAGAUGAAAAGUCUGAGGAGAAGAAGGGUGACGGAGAUACACCACAGGCCAAGAAGCCGGUCAUUGUCCUCCCAUCGCUGGCUGUUCGAACUCCGCGGCCCCCGUCCAGUCUCAACUCAUCAACAGUGGCCACCACCUCUCCAGGAGGGGGCACGGUGGUCAUCAUGCCUACCAAACCCGUUAUCUCGAUGGGGACGCGACGACCCGCCAAGAGCUCAAAGUCCAAGAAAGGCUCUGCGAAGACAGCAACGACAAAAGAUAGUGGUACAGGCGUGGACGGACUGCCUGGAGAGGACAAGAAGAAAGGUGUCAGUCUUUUGGCUAAGUCGCCGAACCCUCCCUCAACUUCAGCUGUCAGUGCUGGGGAUAACACCCAGGGCACUACCAUGUCGGACAUGUCUACGGCCAACAACCUGCAAACAUCUCUGCCUCAGUCUGUUACUUCAGGCAUGGGCCCUUUGUCUUCAACCGGUCAGAUGAGCCAUGGUCACCCUCCUGGCAUCGGCCAACAACAACUUGGCGGUCCACAGCAGGGAGCGGGGCCGUCCAGUGGCUUCCCUGACCUCAAUCAAAUGUGGCAAAGCAAUUUUGGACUUCAAGGCAACCAGGGUGGCCCUAUGCCACCGCCCAUCUCCACCUCUGGUAGCAUGCCGGCCAGUCGAGGCAGCAACAGCUUUAGUAUGGGCAUGAUGGGGCAGGAUGCGAGUUCGCACCCCAUGAUGCCAAACCAGAGCGGUGGCGGAGAUAAUGGUGGUGGUAUGAUGGGCAGUGGUGCUAUGCAAGGACAAAACAACUUCAACAAUGGUCAGCCAGAACCGUCUCAGAUGGGUCAAGGUUUUGGCGCCAGUGGCAUGGGCAACCCGUAUAUGGCUGGUAGCAAUAUGGGUGGUCACUUCGGCAUGCCGGGUCAGAGUUCUGCGGGCCCGUCCUAUAUGGGUGGUAUUGGCUCUGGUGGCUACAUGCCCCCACCACCUCCACAAAGCUCAUUCAGUCAGAGCCUACCUCCUCCUAUGAACCAGGGACAGCCCCAACAACCCAAUGGGGGUAUGAUGUACGGGGGUACGCAAAAUGCAAACUUGCCACCUUUCAGUCACCAUGGGAACCAAACCAACUCGGUCGUACCAUUUGACUCCAGUGCGAACAGUGGCGGAGGUCCUGUGCAGUCAGGUCUAAGCUCGGGCCCCUCUGGCCCGCAGCAGCCUCCAUUUGGCUUUGGUUCAAACUUGAACUUUGGCCCAACCCCUACCUCAACCUCGUUCAUGUCUCAGCCAUCAAACACUGAGUCGGGCUUCCCCUCCUCUCAGACUGGUCCCUCGAGCUUCUCCCAGCAGACCCCUGGCUUCGGAAUGAACAACAAUAACACAGUGGGAGGUUCCAGCUACUCUGCUCCGCAGCAGCAACAACAUCAGCAUUCUCAACAGCCACCGACUUCACUGUCAACAUCAUCGUCAUCGUCACCUCACAUGCCCCCUACAUCAUCAUCUACAUAUCGCGAUUCUAAUGCGGCUGUGCCCUCUUCAAAUGACAGAUCGUGUGAAAGUAGCCCCUUCUCUCUUACCCUACUCGGAUCUGAUAACAUGAACAACACGGCUUCAUCUGAGGCUGCUGUUACCAAACCCAGCCAAUACCAGCGGACCAAAUCAUCCUCUUCCAGUAAAAAGAACAAAGGCUCGUCCUCCAGUAGUCGCACAAGCAGCCCGGCCACUAAAAAAGGUGGCAAGUCUUCAAGCACAUCUGGCAAUAGCAAUCUCAUGUCCCAGCCGUCUGCAAGCCCGCAUUUAGCAAUGAGCACACCACCGGAUUCCAAUAAAAACCUCGGGGACAUUCCCGAGAAUCGCCCGGCGAGUUCACAUUCUUCUGGUCUUAGCUUCAAUUUACCAGGCAUACUGGAUGGGAACUCGGCAUCUACCACACUGGGGUCGAAUAUGGGCAUUGGCAGACUGGAUAGUAAUGAUUUUGACAGUGCAAAGAUUGGUAUGGGUAAUGCCAUGUCUUCUGGUUUAGGCAGUGAGAUGGGAAUGGGCGGGAGUGCAUUCAGGGCUCAUCCCAGUUCGGCUGUGAACCAGUCCCUGCCGUCGUCUGUCCUUCCGCCGUCUCAGCCAUUCCGUCUAGAUGGGGUUGGAGGCAUCAGCAGUCACAGUGCCCCCGGACUGGGUUAUGCCUCCAGCAUGAGUGCGUUCAGCAGCCCGUCUGCUCUAGCCCCUCCUCCCUCUGGCUAUGGAAAUGCAGCGUUUGGAGCCUAUGGAUCUUAUGGUGGAGGUUCUCUUCCUUUCGCUUCUCCAGCAGCAGCCAUGAUGUCGUCGCACCCCUCACAGGGCAUGAUGGGAUACCCACAGGCUCCACUUGGCUACCCGAGUAUGUCACCUCUCAUGAUGGGCGGGCACAGUGGAGCGGCUCCACCCUCUAUGGGUGGGUCAAUGUGGCCCAUGAUGCCACCGUCGGUGAUGGGCGGGAGCUACGGGUACCCAGGACCUGCCCCCAGCAUGACUCCAAUGGGCUUCCCCACUCCUGGUCUGGACACUCCUGGAUUUGGUCAUUUAGGCCAGGGGCCCACAGACCCUUGAAAGGAUAUUCUGCACACACCCCUCUUCCCCCCUUAAAGAAAAACAAACCCCCAUGAGCUACAGGACAAAAAAUGGAAAUAAUCAUCAUCAACUACCUCCAAGGCUUGAGAGUGCUGAGUACUUGUCAUGCAAAAGUCUGGUAGUUCGAAUUGACACUGACCGAGAACAGGAGUUUCUGAACCAUGUACUGGUUUGUGGAGAAUAAAAAAAACUUGUCCACAUUUUUUAGCUACCUCAAAGGAACGAAAGUAAUAAUUCGGAUGCUUUAAAUAGUUCAACACAUCUGGCUGGUCGGAGGUGAAUUGGACCGAGUGAAAAAUGAGUGAAGCUAAAGGGAGAAAAUAUUUAAAUCGUUGUCUCAGGCUACUUUAUGUGUUCGUGAUACACUUUUCAACGUUGUUGAUAGCUUCAGGCACAAAUCAGUCUGACCUUCUUGGGAAUUGCUCAUUAAAACUGAAUCUUGAAAACUAUAGAAAUGAGUGCACCUGAACAGUUUGUGGUCUUUAAGCUAUUGUUAGCUAUAAGGGCAUAUGGAAUAUAUCUCUAUGUAAUCUUCUUUUGAAAAAGUGCUGAAAUUAGCUCAUAAAGGUGCCAAAAUCUUUAAAAGGAAUUGUACUUCAGUUAUGAAGGGCAGGAAGACAGUUCAUAGUUCCCACCAUUGUCAAGGUUGACUAAAAAGACCUUUUGUGCAUUACACAUUUUGCUGUAUGCAGACGACUUAUAUUCUGAACUUGGCCAGACCAACCAUGUGAGAUAAGUGUUCCUGAAAGUGGUUCAGAUUCUGGAUACCGUUACUUCCCUCACAUCAGGCUCUGUGAGUUCAGAGUCCAGUGGUAGGGACUGUGUGUAGUUUGUGAGUUCAUCUUGUCAGGAUUAGUAUAUAAUAUGUUUUUCUCAAACUCAUAACAUUUACUUUCUCUCAUGGGCAACCAAAUGACAUUUCAUUUUUAUUCAUGACAUCAUGUCUGUCUGUCUCAGUAUUUUCCAUUCAACUGUUAUUGUUAUUGUUCAUAAAAUAAGUAUUGUUUAAUUUCCCUUUCUGUGCUGUUGUUAUUAUUAGUUUUUAGCUAUUUGUGUAAGAAAACAAAGCCUGUGCUGUGAAAGAAUUGCUAGUUUUUUGUGUGUUUUUUUUAAUGGGUUGUCUGGUUCAUGGGACUAGCAACCUGUCAUAAUCAGUGAAUGCCGUAAGGCUUUGAUAGGGUGUCUAGCAGCACCUCUAAACUGUUACAGAUAUUCCAACUCCUUGCAUACAAUGGGAGAUGUGGAGGAAGUUCGAUGAGCUUGAUGUUAUAACACUUUUUGUCCGCGUUAAAUUAAAGUUGCCUACCUUUGAAAUAAUACAUCCUGUCUCUCUUAGUUUCAGACAUAGGAAACUUGUCUUGUGUGUGUACCGGAUGUAUAAAGUAAAGUUGGUAUCUACAGAAGAAGGGUAAAGCCGCAGCAUUCUGAGAAUACCAAAGAGUAAGAAAAAAAACCCACUUUUGUUUACUGAGGAAAUCUGUGGUGACACUGUUUGCCAGGUGAAAUUUUUGUUUCAGAAUUAUUGACAAGCAUUCUAAAUAGAAUUUUUACUUAGAAGAAAUGUUUAUAUUAUAUACAAUUACUACAACAUUUAGUGUGGUUAUAUUUUGUUGUUGUUGUUUAACUACAACCCAGUUUCCAGUGAACAUAAAACUACUAUCGACUCAUGUCACUCACUUGCCAAUGAAGUUAAAUGACCUGUACUGACACAGGUGUCUGCCUUCCCUUGGUUCCUCCUUUUCCCCUCUCUUUGAGCAGGGGUUGAAGCUUGCAGAACUUCAGCCAUUUUCCCCUUUAAUUUGUACUCGUUUGAGUACAGAACAACAGGUGGGACCAAAUGUUUUUUGGGCUAAAGAUUCCACUGUGGUUGUACUGUCCAGAGAAAAUGAGCUUGUUCACAUGUUCAGCACAAGUCUUGUACUUAAAACUUGACCAGACAUUUUGUUUUUUAAUCAUCUUUUGAGCUUUGUCAUCAGUCAGCGUUGUUACCCCAUGCCAUAACAUAUUAUAAUCAUUUGGUCUAGUCAUUACCAUGAUGUGUAUGUACUCCCUUUUGUUUGUACUAUUGUCUACUUAUGGACCACAUCUCUGGCUGUAAGGUCACAGCUGCUUCUUUUGUGUUGAGCGGACAGCAUAACCGAGGGCUGGGGGGAAGGCACAGAACCCUCUUACAAGUGUAUCAUACAUUGAAAAUUGGAAUCCUUUCAUGAAGUAUUCACAUAUAUGUAUGAUUUUCCUGUGGGCAGUGUGAAAGUGUGGAUGGUUCAAUUCUGGGUGAUGGUUUACCUCUGAGCUAAUAUUUGUGGUUGCGAUGCAAUUUGCAAAAAUGAGAUGGUUACUUGUUGCUGUAUGUUUGAGUCAGAGUAAAGUUUAGAAAGGAAAGGGUAUGGCCAGUUGAGUCUCAUGUUGUUCAGACAACCUGUGUAGUCAAGUGAGAGUGAGUCAGAGGUUGUUUUUUGUGCUAGAGGAGUUGUGAGUGAUGCUGAUUUGAUUUUACGGAAGACGAUUUUUAUUUAGUGUUAUUUUUGUUUGUGAGAAUAACAGCGUGACUGUUUCUUGAAGUGAAACCCAAAAGUCAGCACAUUUGUACAACUUGGACUUUAGAGGAGAGGCAUUGGGAAUUGAGUGAGAGCAUCUUCCCUGAUUCCCUGACGAGCUGACUUCUUUGUGAUUCUUCUGUUGACUUUGUUUUCUUUGUCUAUGAUGCUUCCAUUCCUUGAUGUGGUUUCUGGCUUUUCAAAUUGUUCCACAUACUCAUGCACCCAUGUCAAAACAGAUCUGAUUAAUAAUAUUUUCAUCACUUAUAUAUGUUUUUCCUUCAGUGGAAGGUGAAGUAAGCUGAAAUAAUGAAUUGUUAUGUUCAUUUUUUCUUUGCAGUGUGGUCUCUGCUGAAGAGACUGGUCUGGGCUGUAGUUGUUGUAUUCUUCAUCUUACAUGCAGAGGACUUGAGUUUGAUUCUCAUUCUGAAAAAAAUGUUUCAAGUUUCUUUCUCCUAGAAUGAACCCCUCACAUCCUGGGGUGGUCAUUACAGGCAAAAUUGAAGCAGAUUACCUCCUAAAUUAGGUAAACAUUUGUUGGUGGGAAAGUAAAGCAUUCACUUCAUCACUUGCUGAGGAGUAGGUAACAAAUAUUGGACCUUGUUGGCAUUCCCUUGAGCCUGCUUACACGCCUUAAACUUACCACAUUUCAGACAGAGGUACAAUAACAUAAGGUAUCUGUGUGAGAUCUUUCCUCAUGUUCCAAUACAAAAGUGUGAGCAGCAAGUGUUGUUAAAACGCUUGUGAACUGAUGAGUCUUUGUUUAUUAAACUGAAGGGUGGUUGUUUUCUUGUGUAUAUAUAUACGAUUUAUUUUUGUCUUCUGUUAUUAUGAAUUAUGUGGUGCAAAAUCAUCGCUAGUCUUACUACUGUAUAUAUAUGUUGUUAGGUUGGAUGUAAGCACUUAGUAUUAUGUCAUCAUGAUUUUUUAUGUUUAAAAGGGAAUGUCAUUAAAGAGUUUUUACUGGAAGGUAAAAGACAUGUUAUACAUGUUAUGUUGUACACAUCAGUCUCAAAGCUUCGCGUGGGAGACUUGCUUGCAACAUGUGCAUAAAACCAGUGUUGAAACUGUCCCAGAGUUACUUCGCUGGUGCUGUUUACUAUAAUAGUAUUGUAGAGAAAAGUUUUACUUAAUUUUCAUUUAGAAUGAUAUUGUAGAUACAGAUUUUUAAGUUUUAUUUCAGGGAUAAGGAAAGAGGUGUAUCAUUGAAUUUGAAUGAGUGUUGCAUAUAGAAAUAUUUAAUAAGACUAAAUUAUUAUCCGUUUUUUGUGGGGGGUUUUCAUUUUCCAAAAGCUGAAUUUUCUUCUUUGUUUUUGUGUGCUUUGAGCAAACGUCCUCUGUCUAAAAAAAUGCCUCAUUUCUUUAAAAUAUGUUUUGUUGAGUAAAUGCUAACUUUGCUAUUCACAUGACUGGUUUUCUCUGGAUAAAAAAACAUUUUGCUCAGGAGGUAUAUGGAAGAUCUGACCUGUUGAAGGUUGAUUAUUGUCACGAGCUAAAAGCAUCCUGAUUUGUGUAGUUUAUGCGUGUAGUUUUUUUUCUAAGGAACAUUUUUAUUGACUGGGUUAAUUUAUGACAGGAUUCAGUAAAUUAUCUUUAAAUUUGUAAAACACAGUUCUAAGGCCUUUACACUCCAUUAUAGUGUGUGUAGUGUAUGCUUUUAGGGGUUUUUUGUUUUUUGUUUUUUAAGUUCACAGGGCAUCAAAAACAGUUCCCUGGUGGGGAAGGGAUUGAAUUUGGGAGGGAUUGAAGGACUCUGAAAGUGCUUCAGCUUGUGAGCAAGGGGGAAAGAACCCAAACACUCACAGGGAUCAAAAUGGAAAUGGAGUAGUUUCUCCAAAAAUUGUUUUUCUUUUUUUACAUUGUCCGUUGUCACUUUGCUGUGCAGCUCCCCAUGUUCAGACAUUCCACCAUUAGGGGGAGGGAUUAUUUUUCUCAAAAUGUAACUGGGUAGCUUGCGUUUUCCUUACGAGUAAUGAUUGCAGUGGGGUCAGUCAAAAUGAGACUUACGUUGUAAGUUAUAUUUCUGAUAGUUUUAGUCAUUGACACUGGACAGGUUUUGAUGCUAGUCUUGAAGUCUGCCUAGUUGAAUAUUUUCCGAAGGAGAAAGGAAUAUGUUCUUGUCCAUGUGUAUUUGACUGUUGGGGCUAAUUAUGAGCUAUAACAGCUUUUGGGUGAAAUUUACUGCUUUUAUUGUUUGUGGGUGAAACCUCGUUUGGACUAACUACAAGGCAAUUUAUUGCUUUUAGUUGCUUGUUUUCUUUGUUUUGUUUACCAAAGAAAAAUUUUAAUUCCAGUCAGAUGUUUAUCACAAAUGACACCACACACAUACAUGUGGAACAAUCAACUAGUGCAUUUCAGGAUUGUCCAGUUCUCAGGGUGCCCACCCACUUGCCCUUGGAUGACCUGAUGUGUUGAAUUUUUCUAUUGUAGGUUUUAAGGACUUGAGGGGUAUGGGGUGGGAGGAGGGGGAGUUGAGACGCUGUUUGGCUGUGUGUAAAGUUGUUUGGUGCUAUUGAAUAUGUGGUGUGGCCACUGUGUUGUGGCAAAGAAAGAAUGCAUGUUAAAAACAUGUAACAUCCGUUACGUUUUUCGGGGUAAGAUUUUUAUUUGACUUUGGGUUUGGUUUUUUUUAGAUUCUCAGUUCAUCAGCAGUAUUGAAUUUAACCAUUUUUCCCAACGUAUUUCUUUUUGUUUCCUGGUUGUACACAAUAUGUUUAGACUUGUGGGGAAUUGGAAUGCCAUUGUAAGUGGAGAAUUAUAAACAUGCAUGUUGUAAACCCUUUAGGCCACUCUGCGUUCUUAUUCCAGUGCAGACAUGAUGUGGUUUGUGAGUUAUGGGGAUACAUUUCAUUUUUGUAAAUACAUGAUCUGAAAUGAAAUGCUCCUGAGGAGUUAUUACAUUGUAUUUUUGUCGUUUAUGAAUGUACAGUAUAUUUGACUGUGAGCCAGAACUAUUGAUCAUAAUUGAUGUACCCUUGAAAUCAAAAUCUUCCAGUGUAAGCGUGUUGUGUUCAGUGUCGUAGGCUGGCAUGUAAUUUGGAAUUUUUUAUUUGUUAUUUUUAAUCAUUCAUGUACUUCAUGAACUGUUUGCGCCCCAUUCUUUGUAAUUUAAAAAAACUGAUUCGGGGGUUGUUUUUUGUUUGUUUUUGUUUUGUUCUUUUCUUUGGUUUUGUUUUGCUGCUGGCAAUACUUUUUUAUGUUUUCUCAUAUGUAAUCUUUAAGUAAUGUAUGGUGAUGAUGUGCUCAUCUUGAUAUUAUAUUAUACAUAAUUACUGAUUUCUGGUGGACUUGCGUUGUUGACAAUACACAUAUCAUCGGAUACAGAGCUAUAAAGGUUGGGAGACCGUACCUGUAACAAUGAGCUAGGUCUGGAUAAGUUAAAGCAGUGCAGUGCUUUUGGUUUGCAUCUUGUCAGAUGAAGUGGAAAAUGCUUUGUGGAAAUUGUUGUGCCAAUGGGGUAGAAGAAGUAGCUGGGAUUUCAUUUAAUACGAUUAUUAAGGACUUUAAUCAUUAUCAGCGAAAGACGGAAAAGAAAUUAUUGUCCACAAGAGGGAAUACAUGUAAUAUAAUCUGAAGUUUCUCCCUAGGGGAAUCGUCGUACAAAGGUCUUGUGAAAUAUUGUCCUGUAGUAGAGAUCUUCAUGAAGGUGGGCCGUUCUGGCUUCAUGGGGGCAUCAGUAGAAUAAAUUAUAAGUCUUAAACAUGACAUUUUCCUUGUUACAUUUUCACAGUGAAGCUCAGGUUGUGUUUUACCAACAUUCAUGAAGUGCACUGUGUCUGAGGGAAAAGAUGAGACAUCUUUGACACAUAGGACAUAUUUUUGUAUUUUUUUGCUUGUUUUAUAUUGGGUAGCAGGAGGAUGACUUGUGCGUACACUGACUCCAGUGCUCAGUGUAUCCACGUGGUUAACCUCUGCUUCUGUCUGAAUCUUUGAGUCUUCUAAUGCAAGAAUGUAAUGGGGUCGGUAGGUCCAGUGUUUAUGCAGCAAACAGCCAAAUGUACUGGUAGUAUAGUAUAUGCUCAGUCACUCUUUUAGAGAAUGACUCAUUAGUUCAUUACAGGAAUGGUAAUAAAUUGGAGAAGAUUGAAGGUACUCUAUGAGAAAAAUUAUUUGUCUCCCCUCCAGAACAACUCCAAUGUCUCAGCUCUUAUGUCUUUGUGGUGAUACCACAGGGGUCUGUGCUCUGGCCAAGCUGCUCGCGGCAAGUCACAGUAAACUGUGUGGCGGCUCGCAGAACUAGAAUGGACGGCAGGGAUUAUUUUUUGGCUGAAAUGCUUUUACGGGUGUACCCUAACCUUUGGUCAGUGUACAAAUGAACAAGCCUUUCAGUUUUAAAAAAAAAAGAAGAAAUGUCAGGAACGUUAAGAAAUCUGUCAGGAACAUAUUUUUAAGCCACUGUUUUAGAACACAAAAUCAUGAAAGGAAGUGCAUUGAACAUGAACUUCGACUGCUUGCGUCGUGAAGAAACAAUGAGCAUACCUAGCGAUCUGCAGUACUUAGCACGACGGAAUAGAUUGCAUAAUAUAUGUGAGUGAGCAGCUUGUCAGGGUACAGACCAAAUACUAUGUCCACUUGUUGCAUGCAUCUCAGUGUUGUGUCCCAUUCUCUGUGUCACAGUAACAGUAAUAAAGCCAAAUGUAAGCGGCCGUGCUUCAUGCAAUGAAAAGCUG